AUGAUUGACUUUCAAUUAACACCUGAUCUUUCUAAACGUAAAUAUAUCUAUAAAGAUAUUACUUUAUCAAAUGAUAAUCAAAAUCAAAUGAAUUGGCGAAUCUUUCAAAGUACACAACAAUCAUCAUCAAUAUCCUGUUUUGAUCAGUCUGUAACAAACGAUCGCAUUUGUCAUCCAUUUUAUUUUACUAAUAAUCCAAUAUCAUUACCAGAUAUACGAAUCGGUUUAUCACGACAUCAUAGUAGCAAACAAUUGCAUAAAACGAUAAUAAAUUAG